GUCUUGGAUACCCAUGUACCUUAAGGUACUAACCUGCCUUAGAUAUAUUCGACAGCCCGAAGGCACAGGUAUAGUACUACCAGUGCCUAGCUUACCUUACCUAGCCUUGCAAUAGCCACCUACCUACAGGUACCUUGGAUACUUUGUCUACUUUGGGCGCCUGCCAUGGACUCGCAUUUUUCGCCAAUACAGAGAAGGGGCCUUGGUGUCGCUGCGUCCUUCCUGCCUCGGUAGUGGCAGCCCAAAGUGAUGGCAGCGCCAGUGGCGGGCGCUACUGCCCCGGCCCUCCAGGUGCUAAGACACUUACCUAGUCCUCCAGCGUUCCGCCUCUCCUCCACCAGGUACGUUACCUAACAUCUAGGUGCCUUAGGGGUCUCACCCUCGCAAGCUUGGACUCGGAUUCGGCUUAGGUUCCGGACGGAUGCGAGGUUGAUGGCUGAGGUCGUUGGUGGGGGGCGUUGACUGUUGAGGCCCGCUGUGGCCCGCAGAAAUCAUGGACUAAAUUACUUGAUUAUCAAGCAACAGCAACGCCUCAAGUCCAGGUAGGGCAAGGCGGGGCGAGACAGGGCGAUGCGUGGCAGGCGCGAACAACAGAAAGCGGGCGCGGCAUCUACGCAUCCGUCUGUUGGGCAGGAGUCGAGUGAAGAAAGCACGGGCUUGGAGCAAACGUGGCCCCGAAUUCUCAGCCCGACACCAGCCAACAUCGUGUGGUAGUAAGAGUAGUAGUAAGAUUGAUUGUCCGGGGUUCGCUGCCCAUCAUCGCUGUCGCCCAAAAUAGGAGGCGCCUCUUCAACUGGAGGCACAUCGAAACGGAGUCAUUGCACGGACGCACGCUCACUUGGAGGCGCCCAGCAGAGGCGUGUGAGCACCGCACCGCACCGCACCGCACCGGCAACAAGCCUAAAGGGCGGCGGGCAGGAAGGCAGGCAGUCAUGCCCCACAGAGUUGAGGCCACCACCUCCCUCAGGGGCCGGGGGCCGGGGGCCAGAUGGGGGCGUGGUGAUAGCUUCCACCCAUGGACGGCCCCACCAGUCCCCCCGCCAUCUUUCCUGUGGCUGCUGCAAACCCAUGACCUUGAAGUACUGGUACUUUGAGACGAUGGCACCAGACGUUGCGCACACCAAGCGCCGAGUGUGCCCACGAGAUGCGACGCAGGUCCCGACACUCUGGAAAAUGACGCGGAGAGUGUCCGGAGCCUUGAUCCUGUUCUUUUCUCUUGCAUUGACCAUCGGACAGUCCGAAAAGAGAGGCGGCAGAGGCGGGAACUUUGCUUCUGCGCCAGCGCCCCAAGGGCCAGGCACGCCGUGGCGCUUCAUCCGCUCGCGGGGGUGGCCCACGUCGUCUGCUCUGCUGCCGUUGCAGUUGGCAGAUGACCAACGCCGUUGGCUGGCUCAAACCUGGCUGGGCUUGUCGAUUGACGGGACGAGAUCCGCCUUGAUGAGAUUUGAGUUGACGUGGGCCGCUCACGAUGCACGUGUGCACAGCCCGACUGGGGAAGCCCCGUUUUGCCGCGCCAGGUAGGAGCGACAGGGAGCCGGCCCGUGUCAAAACGCAGCGGCAGUCUGGGAGCAUGGGCAGCAUGGUGACCGCAGCUUGGCGGAUCCAUGUGAGAGGGACGGAAUCACCCCACUCGGAAAGCAAAGGAGCGAGAGAGGGAGGCUCAAGUCAGAGAGAGCAAGACGGGAGCUCAACUUGAACGAGGGCUUGCUGCCUUGUGUGCUGGUGCCGCAACGUCUUGACGGUUUUACAGUACCACUGGUAAGGUAUCACCCACUACUAGGUAUUGAAUCGCCACUCAGCUGCCAGGCAGUGCGGAGCAAUGGAACACAGCAACCAGUGGUCUUUACCAGUCUCUUUGGCGUCCGUUUCGUACCUGCUCCCAAUGCCUACUUACCGGUGAGCGGCGACUGGUCGUCAAGUCCCAAACGCCACCCUCGUGGCCACAUUGCUCGUGGCGGCCCGCACACCCCCGAGAGCCUUGUUGGAGCAAACCCCCAACUUCGAAAAUGGAUCGCGGAGUCGACAUUGCAUUGCAGCAACCAGGGAAAGAAAAGAGCCAAAAUACAGUACCCCAAGGCACCCCCCGCUACUAAAGAGAGGGCGGCGCGGCACGCAGCCGUUUAUCCGGAAAACUCGCACUCGCUUGAAUUCACUCGAGCGAGCAUAGUCGCCCAUGACAUGUCUUGCUAUGUAUGGCAGGCGGAGGAGACUGACAGACUGAUGUUAGCCAACAGGGAGUGUGCUCACCUGUAAAGGAAGGCAGGGUUACGGGUCCGAGGAAGCAGAGCAAAUCGAACCCUCCCAGCUUAAUCAAAGCGAGGCGGGCCCUCGGUCCAGCAAGCUUCAUCAACAAGGCCGAGCCAUAAUCUGGUGGUGAGUCGUGUCCACACGUCCAGCGUUGCAUUCGCACGUUUGUUGUGGGUACGCGACCGCACAUGUACCGCACUUCACCUCGCAGGUCUUACUGUAUUAGCCACGCGGACCACAACAAAUGCUGCAUUUGAUGAUUUGGAAUAGGGCUCAGCAGCAGAGGCCCAUGAUGGUUUCUACGUAUACUGUACCUACAGCCUCAUGCCGGCAGCAUGUAAGGUUGCCCGCUAGUGUGACGCCGCACAAACGGCAGAGCUGCCUGCCUGUGAGGCCAAGCAAGGUCCCAAGGUAGGUAGCAGGUACAACGGCACCGCCACCAACCUGGCAAGCCGACAGAACAGUCUGGGGAGACUGUGUGGCGUUCGUACGACAUGGCGCCCCCGGAGCCUCGUAGUACUAAGUUAACUAGUGAGCAGCCCCGUCUCGGAGGGCGGCUGUCGGCCGUGGACGCAGCAAAAAGAUUAGAAAGGGGAACCCCACGUCCAGCCGGCCCCGAGCUGUUGGCUCUCGGGACCGGGUGGCCCUUGCGGUCGGUCCAAAGACCAUGCCUUGGUCACCGAGCGUCAAGUGCCCAGCUAAGUACAGUAUCGCAGGCAGGCAGAGAAGGGCGCGCACCACUCAGAGCGAGAUGGAUGCGAGACAAACGCUGCGGCCGGGUUGACAGCUGCCAGAAUCGUGAACAUGGAUCCCCGCUGGAUUCGAUGCGAAUAGGGAAGGACGAAAAACAAAAGCAUGGCCCUAAGAGUUACUAUUUGGAAAUGCCGAGCGAGCAGAAAUCCCCAGCAAGCGCCACAUGGAGACGAGCGAGAGCCGGGGCGGGGAUGGCGGCACCGG